AAUGGAACUUUUAAACCAAUAAUAUUCGAGGCAAAUAUGCCCUGGAGUUAGGUCAGCAGAGUAAUUGAAGAAGGGCAAGCGGGCGCAGGAUAUUGGUGAGCUUCGCUUUAAUUGAAUCUAUGGAGGGUUCAAAUUGUUAAUCAACGAAGAAAUUUUAUUUUUGUCAGCUCAAACUUUCUCUGUGCGACGAUGAAAGCUUUCUUUUUUCUUAUGGCGGUGUUCCCGCUUUGAUGAAACACCACCCAUUUAGGCUAAGAGUCGAAAUCUUUAAAUAAUCUUCCCCCUCAGAUUGUUGCGACAGCCAUAGCCUUGAGAAUUGAAGUUUGAUCUAUAGCUAAAAAGACCCAGAUGGCCGAAAAUCAAAGACCCACCAGCAUUCUUGAAUCUCUAGGGGAAGAGAUCGUUAGAAUUGUUACUCCUGUUUCAAUCUGCAUGUUUAUGGUAGUUAUUCUAGUCUCUAUCCUCAACCCCAACUCUUCGUCUUCUUAUGCAUCAGUUGGCUCCAUCGCUACCAUUGCAUAUAAUGAGAGCAGCUCUGAUACUUCAUGGGACAAAUUUAUAGGUGCUCUUUUAAACUCACUUGUGUUUGUAGCUGUUAUAACUCUGGCCACAUUUCUCAUGGUAUUGCUUUUCUACCUUAGAUGUGUCAAGUUUUUAAAGUAUUACAUGGGUUUCUCUGCUUUUGUUGUGUUGGGUUUUCUUGGAGGUGAAAUUGCAUUGUUCUUGAUUGAGGAGUUCAGUAUUCCAAUUGAUUGUUUCACUUUUUUGGUUGCUCUAUUCAAUUUUGCUGCUGUGGGUGUUUUAGCUGUGUUCAUGUCAAAAAUGGCUAUCCUUGUAACACAAGGGUACUUGGUUUUAAUUGGGAUGUUGGUGGCUUAUUGGUUUACUUUGUUACCUGAAUGGACUACUUGGGCACUUUUAGUUGCAUUGGCUCUCUAUGAUCUUGCAGCUGUUUUACUGCCUGUUGGACCAUUGAGGCUGUUAGUCGAGCUUGCAAUAUCUAGGGAUGAAGAUAUUCCAGCUUUAGUUUAUGAGGCUCGGCCAGUGGUUAAUCACGAUUCAAAUCCUAGGGAUUUAGUGCAAAGAAGGAUGAGGGUGUGGAGGGAAAGAAAUGAAACUUCUGAUAAUCGCCCCAUUGCUGUUCCUGAUUCUGUUUCCGAUGGGAAUGUGGUUUCUGAAUCUAAUGUAGAUGAAAUUGAAACAUCCAACUCCAAUCCAAUUCCAAUCAUAUCAACUGCUGUUAGAGCUGAAGAGGGGGAGGUUCACCCCAUAAGGAACACUGAGCUUCUUGUGCCAUUAAUUGAUAAUGGAGGGAAUGUUCAGCCACAUGGAGUAGCAGAAGCUUCUGGAUCAAAUGAAAAUUUGAUGUUAGAGGGAAUAGGAUUGGGAUCCUCUGGUGCUAUCAAGUUGGGGCUAGGAGACUUCAUUUUCUAUAGUGUAUUGGUUGGUAGAGCAGCAAUGUAUGAUUACAUGACGGUUUAUGCUUGUUAUCUUGCAAUUGUAGCUGGUCUUGGAAUCACUUUGAUGCUAUUGGCAAUAUAUCAGAAAGCUUUGCCUGCUCUCCCAGUAUCAAUAGCUCUAGGUAUCGUGUUUUACUUCCUAACACGUCUCUUCCUUGAGGUCUUUGUUGUACAAUGUUCUUUGAACCUUUUGAUGUUUUAGACUAGAUUUCUCUAUUAUGUUCGAGGCCGAUGCUUCUCCAACAGUAUAUAUGUAAAAACUGUUGAUUGUUAGAUGGUUGAGGGUUGAAUCUUGAGAAGUUCAAUGCCUGGAAAUUUGGAAAUUGAUUGUGUUGGUUAUCUAUACGGCUAUUGGUUGUUGAAAUAAAUAAAAUCCAUCCCUAUGGUUUGGGAAAAUUCUGGAUCAAAGUUAUAACUUUCUUCAAACCAUAAAUUGAAAUUGUUUUAGAACAGUACUAAAACUUUGAAGGGCAAAGGAAAAUCGUAGGAGGUUGGAAAUUGUGUCAACGAGCCCUGUAGCAUACGGUUUGUGAAAAAGGCAGUAUGAGUAUUGACCUGAAGACUUAUAAAUUUUUCAAAGAGAAGACCUAAGACUUGACCUUAAAUCAGCUCCUGCAGGUUUGAUGAUAUCUAUGAAUCUUGUCAAUUCAAGCAUUUAAACUGAAUAACAUGUUUGUUGUUGUAAUACUCAAGUCUCAUCUCCUUUUUGUUUUUUGUUUUGUUUUGUUCAAGUGUUGUAAUUUAAACAUUAAACUUUAUAAUGUUCUUCAAUUUUGACCCUCUUGGUAAGUUUCUGUUUGGAAUAUUAUUGUCAAAAA